GCAGGGAUUAAUGCGAUAUUUGUAUGCUUUGGCAGUGCCGGCUCUGGAUGAAGAAAGGGACACCGCUGGGGAGGCGCUGCAGAAUGGAGAUUUGAGUCUUGAUGAUCAAACGCAGAUGACGUCCUUUGAGAUCAAUCUCAAAGACGAGAGGUACCGGGAUGACUUCAGGCCCGUGGUGGAGGGGUGUGGCUGCUACUGCUGUAAGAACCACCAGAGGGCGUACCUGCACCACCUGUUGGUGACCAACGAGAUGCUGGCUGGAGUCCUGCUCAUGAUCCACAACACGACCCACUAUCAUGCCUUCUUCGGCGCUCUGAGAGAAGCUCUGGCCAACGAUGAAAUGGACCUCCUUAAGAGACGGGUUCUUGGGGAGAGAAAGGACUAAGGCCGAUGAAUCAGAAUGAUAGGAGAGGGCUUGAUCCUGCUCUUCCUCUCAAGGAUCUUGUCCAGACGCAAUCAAAGCUCUGUCUCUCUGCUACAUGGACCUUGAGACCCUCCGCAUCUCAUUAAAGUCAUGAAGCACGCUUAACAGAGGAGGACGCGUUGGGUUUGUGUCCUGGUUUAACACCAGAAGCUCCCUUAAGCUUGUGCAUUGAUCUGGGCAGAGAGCCAGGAGAUGAAGUCAGGAGGCUGAAGAUGGAAAGGAGCUGGACGGGAGGUCAAGAGGAAUUUGCAUAAAGAGAGAAAUGCGAGGAUGGAUGGUGGUGUACUAUCGACUGGGACUAAAUCCCCGUGUGCCUCCUGUUGUGGUCUGAUUACAGGUCAGCAGAUCACUAACAUCCUCUGGCAUCAUUGACAGCAGACCAGAGGGAGAGGCAGCCUGUGUGAGCAGUUACUAGUUAUUAAAUGCAUCCCGCUCAGAUAUUAAUAGGUUAUGUGUGUAAUAGGAUUCUGUCGUUCAUGUGCUUCAUGGAUACUUUGACUGUUUCAGUUGUGAUGAGCUUCUAACACUCGUGGAUUGACUUCAUGUCGUUGCCAAUAAAAGGACUAACCAGGA